CCGGCUGCUUGCUUCUCUAGGAACUUUUGAGAAGCUUUCGUAGAAAAUGGGCGAGUUUAUGGAGGACGUGGAACAGAUGAGUUCCUCGCCUGUGUGGUUGAAGACACACGGACUAAAGGAAUGCAAACUCUGUCUUUCGCAGAUCAUCAAACAAAUCAGCUUUAGACACAGCGAAGAUUAUGUCCAGUCUCUGAGGAAAUCUGUGGCUUCUCAGUAUGGCGAAGGUUUAUUUCCCCAGUUCAACAAAGAUGGAAGCUGUUACAACCUGACAGCCACUCCAGAGCGACUGCAGGAACUGUGCUUCUUGUUGGAGGAGAAAGCCCAGUUGUACCACUGCAGGAGGGCCUGGCUCACCACAGGCAGCAGACAGGUGUUUGGGGUGAUCCAGGAAGAAGCUGUCAGCCUGGUUGUGGACCUUGGUGGUGGGAUCGGGUCUCAGGACCAGCUGGGGAAGGAUGCUGUGUGCAGGGUCCUCAAAGAGCAGGUGUCACGGGUCGCCAAGUUCAACCUGAUCUGCUCUGGCAUCUCUGUGAGGUCGUGGAUGAGGAGAGCUGUGGCCGCCUCCGAGUACCACCUCCGGGCUGCCGAGAGGUGGCUGCGUGGCCUAGCCCCGGAGCCGUCCUGCCCGGCCUCCACCACUGCUGCCCUGCAGAGGGCCAUGGAGGAGCCGACGAUUCAAGCAGUCUACUUGUUUGUUGUUGGAGAUUUCAAAGGCAGUGUCACAGACGUGCUGCGGUACAGACCUCCAGGGAACAUGAAACCAGUUCACACAGUGUUGUUCCGGUCCAAAGACGAAGAAACCGUUGCUGCUUUGAGAGAGUUAUCACAGCUCACUGCUGGGAGGUUUCAUGCUUACACAGGGAUGAGAGGGGGCGAAGGCGAGCCAUUAGUCUCUGCAGAGAGGCGGAGAAGCAGUGAGCCAGCACCCCAGCCUGCAGGCCAUCCCCCAGGAGGUGGGAUCAGAGAGGAUGUUUAUCUGGUGUGGUGGGAGAGACAGGAGGCUAUAAGAGCCAGGGACGUUGUUCUGGACAUCCAGAGACAAGCCUUCGCAGAUCAGACACACCCUGACUCCAUGUGUCCAGAUGUGUGUUCACCAGUUGAGAGCCUCAGCUCCAGGGAGUGGCUGUCGAGGUUUGGAUUGAUCCCUCAGAAACUAGACGUCUUUGGGGCUCUGGGGGACUGUGCCUUCCGCCACUCUGACGGUGUCGUUGACGUCAAAUGCCAACUGACAAAUGAGACCACCCAAUCAGAUGCUGGAAGGAGAAAGAUGCUGGUGAACGCUAAAUACUGUGAAGGUUUCGCUCACAUGAAGUGGCGUGACGACUCUCUCGUUCACGUCUACGUCCCGGCGGAGAAGCUCCGGUGGUAUGAAGAGAGGAUGGCCGCGUUCCUUCAAAACGUCGGGAGGAGAUUAACGUGGCUAAGAAAUGGAAGCAGAGACUUGUUUGGGACUGUUCUGGAAGAUCACCUCUACCUCCUCAUCGAUACCUCCGAGUCAAUGAGAGACCAACUGCCUCUGCUUAAAGACAAGAUCCAGCAACUAAUAAAAGAACAACUUUGUCAUAAAUCAAAGAUUAACGUUGUGGCCUUCGGGUCACGGGUAGCGUGUUGGAGGAGCAGGCUGACAGACGUGAACUCUCACAGCCUGGACAGUGUUUGUUGGUGGGUCAAAGGGCUGCAGGCUGCAGGUUCAACCAAUACUUUGGAAGCGUUAGGUCAGGCCUUCACUGACCGGGACCUGCAAGCUGUUUACCUGCUGACGGAUGGAAGGCCUGACCAGCCAAUCGGGAGCAUCUUGGAGCAGGUUCGUCGCUGGGGCCCUACCAGUAUACCAGUCCACACCAUCUCCUUUAACUGUGAUGACCAGGAGGCCAACGACUUCCUGCUUCAUCUGGCCAGGGAGACACAGGGCAGGUUCCACUGUUAUCACCCUGCCACUCAGGGCUCCCCCCUCCCCCAGCACAAUGAGAGUGAGGACAUCCACCUUUUGAAGCGGGAGAUGAAGAGAGGGGAAGCAGGCCUCCGUCGGGUCCGGAGUCUCCGUGCAGAAUGCGUGAUGUUGGACGCCUUCCACCAUGAGAGCAGGAGAGAAAUCAAUCGUGGAAGAUCACGUCAGAAGGGUAACAGCGCCCCCACCUGGCAGAAGAGCACACAGCACCAGAAAGAGGAACCUCUCAGAAGUGCCGUCGAACGACCACAUUCGGAGAGGUGCCAGCCCAAACCAGAGGAACAUGAAGGACAAACUGGCGCGGGCAUGCUGGGGCUUGUGAGCAGUGGUCUGGGUAGGAGUGACCAGGACCCCACCCUCACCGACAGGCCCCCCAGCCCCACGCAGGACUGGAUGCUGUCCGAGACCCAGCUCCUCCUCCAGAGGAACGCUGAAAAGCAGGAGCAAGUGCUCCAGAAACUGAGGUUGGGGUCCUCGGAUGGGGAAACAACCAAUCAGGAAAGGAUCAAACCUAGGCAGUCCCUGGAUGUGCCGUCUGCUGAGUGGCUGAAGAGCAACAGUCUGGAGGCCAGGAGACUCACCUUUACAGAGGCCGUGACUCCGUACUCCAUCCUCCACACCCCCAAACACCUCCCCCUGCUGGACAAACAGGUCUACUCCAAAGUUUUCGAUGAGGCUUGUCCUCUCCUGCACAUCAGCCUUGGCAGCGAGCAGCACCUGGCUGUGAUCAACCCUCUGGCCCUGAACCUGGAGGGCUACAAGAUCAAGCUCCAGAAGGUUCUGAGUGCAUAUGAAAGGCGUUUGAACAGGACAGUGUGGAGAUGUUUGACUCAAGAGGAGAAAGAUCAGUUUGGUGGCGUCGAGCCGGUCUCCUUCAGGGUCCACCGGUCCCCCCUGCUGGAGGCCCUGGAGCGGCUGGGCUGGCCCCUGGCCCUAGAGGACGUCACUCUCCUGGAGGAGGAGAUCCACAUGGGCGUCUCCUUCCUCCAGCAGGCCUCAGACCUGCAGCGGGCCGCCCAGGAGAGGAGGAGCCAUCACGCCAACGCAAGACGCGACACUAACAGUUCAUCGAACACCCCAGUCAGGAAGGCAUCCCAGAGACCACCGGACCCUCUCAGAGGUCAAAGGGUAAUCGCCAGGUCAGAGAUCGAUGGGUACUACUACUCUGGUAUGGUGAAAGCGUGCGUGAGGAGGCGGGCGGUGGUGCAGUUCACCAGCGGAGGUUCUGAGAUCGUACCUCUCGAGUUCCUCUUCCUGGUUGGGGGGGCCCAGCCGUGUCCUCGUCUUACAAUGGGGGACUUUGUCCUGGUGGCGGACAAACACUCAGGCGGACGCUUCCUCCCCGGUGUCGUCAUAGCAACCCCUUGUCGACUGGAGCGGGCGGACAGAUUUUUUUCCGUCCUCCAGCCCGACGGGGAGAAGGUUCACUGUCAGAGGAUCAGAAUGGUGAAGAUCAGCCAGAGGAGGUACCUGCAGACCUGCAUGGACCUGCAGCAGCACGUCCUGUCAGCCCAGUCCAGGUCUCACUCAGAGCCACCAUCCAGCCAGAGGCCCUCCAAUACCAGCUCCUCUGCAGACUCCGUGGCCGCUGAGGGUGGGAACGUCAGCUGCAUGAAGACUCAGAGGAAGGCAAGGAAACAGGAAAACACACCCGAAGAAGAGGGCUCCAAACAGGAAGUUCAUGGCCUCUGUUCAGAUCCUGCCUUCCAGAAAGCAGCGGAGGGGAGAAACUAAGGCGAAGGAAAAGAGGAAGAUGAAGGCGAUAGGUGAAAGGGAGGAUGAAGAGGAGGAGGACAUAGAUGAGGAAAUGGAGUCGGCAGAUGUUAAUACCAACUCAUCUGAGUUGAGCCACUAAGUCAUAAAAACUAGACAAGUUAGUGUUAAUACUAUUUGUGACUAUGGUUCAGCUCCAUAACAAGUUAUUCUUAUGAUUUAGAUGUUAUAAAAAUUAUACCUUUAGUGUAUUUUCAUGGGUCUGUGAUUCAAAAUAUUGUGAUGUGGUAGUGAUAAGGACUGUUUAUGAUUACAUUUUUGUGUAUUCAGAAAUAAAUCAUGUUCUGAAUGUUAAUAUAGCAAUGCGAUAUUAUAAAUCAAUCAAGUGUGGACGUUCCUUGAUUCACU